AUGGGUCGUGCCUCUAAAGACAAGCGGGAUAUGUAUUACCGCAAAGCCAAAGAAGAGGGCUACCGUGCGAGAAGUGCCUACAAGUUACUACAACUUCACGAGGAAUUUAAUAUUCUGCAGCGUGAAAACAUUCUAACGGGUGUUGUGGACUUGUGUGCCGCACCCGGUAGCUGGUCGCAAGUACUCGCUUCUCAUCUACGUACUCCAGUGGAUCAUUCCAAUACUAAUAAUAAUAAUAAUAAUAAUAAUAAUAAUGAUAAUCUCAGCAGCAGCAAUAAUAAUAAUAAUAACAAUAGGGAAGAAGAGACAUCGCCGUUCCCACCUCGUAUUGUGGCAGUGGAUUUACAAGAGAUGAUGCCCAUUGACGGCGUGUGUUUACUGCAGGGGGAUAUCACAAGUGAGGCCACCGCCCGGGAAAUUAUUCGCCUCCUUAACGGCGGUAAUGAGGAAAUGAUGAAUGAAGAGGCGAAUGAAGAUAAUUUGGAGGAACAAGAUGCGGCAAGAGCGGGAGAAGGUAGCCUCGGCAAUACUAAUAAUACUACUACUACUACUACUAAUAAUAAUAAUAAUAAUAAUAAUAAUAAUAAUAAUAAUAAUAGUUCGAGAAAAGCAGAUCUUGUGGUCUGUGAUGGAGCUCCAGAUGUGACUGGUAUGCAUGAGUUGGAUGAAUAUCUGCAGCAUCACUUGUUGUUGGCAGCACUGAACAUCACGACUUUUGUACUCCGACGGGGUGGGACGUUUGUUACUAAAAUCUUUCGUGGCCCAAAUACACCGUUUCUUGUGGCGAAAUCUGAAGUUUUCUUUAGACAUGUUAUCAUUGCAAAACCAAAAUCUUCACGGAAUGCAUCUAUGGAGGCAUUUAUGGUUUGUCAAGAUUAUCAACCACCGGCAGGAUAUUCCCCUUCUUUUGAACAUCCACUCACUACGAUAACGCACUGUUUUACUCCAGAAGCCCCACUUCCUCCUUCACUUCUUCUUCAACAGCAGGAGCAACAGCAGCGGAAAGAGGAAAAAGAGUUGUAUGGAGAAGAGGUAAAAGAAAAAAUACAUAUGCAAACAGUUGUGGUGCCCUUUUUAGCCUGUGGAGAUCUCUCUGGAUAUGAUGCGGAUAUGUGUUAUGAUCGUGAAGAAGAUGCCCCUAUUCUUCCACCUGUUCAUCCACCAAGACAGGCACCCUAUAUAGCCAAUAAUACACCAGUAGGAGUAGGAGUAGCAGGUGCUACUAAUACUAUAGUGACUGGUAGUGAUUGUAGUCGUAAUACUGUGGAAGAUGAGAUGAAACGUCGGCGUGUAGAGUGA